AUGUCAUUCCAAUUUCCAAAGGCGUCGGAGUCAGGACCUCCAUCAAUUGUUGACCGUCGUGUGUCGACCGAUGUGUACGACAGCACAGACAGACUCGCCGUUCAAGAAACCACGGCCAAUGAACCACAGUCAAGAACGUCUCCGGAGCCUACGCAGACAGAUCAACAAGGCCAUUACAUCGGUCCAGCAUCCGGUGCAUCAUUUCUACUUCGAAUACAGAAGACUUUACAUAAGAACAGUUCAGUCUCACAUGAUUCAUCCAUCUUCACAUUUGGCGAUGCACCUCUACCGAAUUGUGAUCCAACUUUCUUCAUCCUCCCUUCAAAGACCACCGGCCAGCAAUUGGUGGAACGGUAUUUCGAUUUCGCAGCCCCAACACACAGGUUCCUACAUCGGCCUUCGAUAGAGAAUAUCCUUGAUGAGUUCUAUAGGACCCAAGGGGAGAUGCUCAACAAAGAAGAUGCUCCCGCGAAAUCGGCGCUCCUGUUCAUCGUCUUCGCCCAGGCACAAGCUUACGCGCCUCCGGAUGACCCCCUACAAGAUAAUGGUGCUCGAUACUACUAUGCUGCUGAGCAUCAAUUAUCCAAAGAGCGUGGUGCAGUACGCCUUGCGAGUGUUCAGGCUCGACUUGGCCAAUGCUUCUAUCUCCUCACGCAGUCACGCAUUAACCAUGCAUGGAGCCUGUUCGGGACAUUGGCCCAUUUAGCUUUCGCAAUUGGGUUGAACCGUGGGCGAAGGACCGAUAGUUCGGCAAAGGUAGACUAUGUUGAACUAGAAUGCCGCAGAAGACUGUUCUGGUGUGCAUAUACCCUUGACAAGUACUUAGCGGCUGCUUUGGGCCGACCACGAACAUUCAAGGACGAGGAUAUAGAUCAGGAACUACCCACAGUUGUUAAUGACAAUGAUCUCCACCGGAAUUCCAUCAGUCCAGCGCCACCACGAGCGCAAUCGUUGAUGAGAGCCCCGGUUGAGCACUUCAAAUUGUCCAAAAUUGUCUCUCUCAUCCUUCGCGAUCUUUACGCUAUCCAUCCCCCGUCCACAGCCUUUAGGAUUGAAUUAUCCGCAAAAUACUCGAAAGAUCUCCGAGAAUGGCGAGCAAAUCUGACGCCGUUUUUCGUCAGCGAGAGCAUCGAUUCCAACCUCGUGAUCCCUUUGUAUUCUCGACAACGACGAGUUCUCAAUCUCGCAUACUACCAUGCAGUCUUACUCAUCCAGCGACCUUUCCUACUCAGUAACUUCGCCGCGCUCUCCCAUAGUACCACAAACCCACCUCAGCCUCUCAGUGUCGAGACAUCUCAAAACAUCCGGGAAUGCCUCGAUGCAGCCAUGGGCAUUGUAAACAUCAUUGACGAGAUGUCCUCAUCUUCUCAAUUCUUCCGUGCCUUCUGGUUCACCCAAUACUACGCUUUCUGCGCCGUAGUCGUCCUCUACAUAUACCGCAUCCAACAACACCUCGUCGAGCCAGGAAAAUGCGAAGGCUUCUUCACCGCAGGCCAACGCUGCCAAGCACAACUCAACGCAAUUAGCGAGUCCGACACUCUCAGUCAAAGAUACUGCCUCGUCCUAGAAGAACUCCGCAUCGAAGCCGCACGCCGCACGAGUUCAUCAUCUCGUCCCGCUGCUCCCACCAACGGCAACAUCACCGACUCUCCCUCCCUAGCAACAGCAACCCGUCUCGACGACCCAACGAUCCCACAAGCCCAGUCGGCCCUGAAUGUUACAUCUUCAACUCCCCAGAGCGAUACGGAGGCGCCAUUCCCUGGAAACUUCUACAAUGGGAUGCCAACGCCCGAAAGCGCAAUCUUCUCGAACAAUUUCCUGCCGAAUAGUAGCAUCAUGGCUGAUUUGACGAGCUGGGGUAGCUUUGAUAGCCUGGUGACGGCGGGCAUCGGGAGUGGAAUGCUAGACAAUGGGACCGGGUGGCAGGGUGAUGUUUUCGGAGGGCUUGGGUUCGGUCUUGGGAGGUAA